CAAGGCAAGGCAAGCCAGACAGUCAACCAGCCAACCUAACUUAACUUUUUGAAAUGAAUUUGUGAUAUGUUUUCAUUCGUUUGUUGAUUGUUCAACGGAACGGUUGUAUUUCUCUCUCUCACUUGUCGUCAGUGUGUGACAAAGAUUUUGAAAAAAUUUGAAAAACAGAAUAAAAAAUUUCAAAUAAAUGAAAUUAAUGCAAGAAUUAAUAAAAAGUGAGACAAAAAAUCACAGAACAAAUUUUGAGAAAAUAUCUUGAAAAAAAGAAAAACAAGUGAAACAAAUAAAAACAAACAAGAGUGAAAAAACUCAAUUUUGAAAAAAAAAAUCAAGAAGAAGAAGAAGAAAAGAAACUCCAUAGAAACGGAUUUAAUUAACAACAAUUUUAAACAACAAUUUGUGAAAAUUCAACAAACAAACAUUAAAAAAUGGAUAUUGCUCUAUUACCCUCACCACCGGCCACACCGCCAUUGUGCGAAAACAAAAAUGAAAAUAAUGCCCACACAGUGUCCCACAACUUGGACGACAAACUGUUAAAGGCCAAACUCCAACUGCAAUUGGAUCAGCAGCAGCAACAAAAACACCACAAAUCCUCAAAUGCCGGUCUCAUUACACCCCAACCCUCAGAUACGGAAGAUGAUGCUGUGGAUUGUGGUAAGCCACCGGUUGUGAAAAAACAAAAACUGGAUAUACCCACACCGGCCACAACACCCAAUUUAUUAGCCCAGCAGCAACAGCCGCAACGGGCCAGUGUUAUAAUGCAUGUCAACAGUUCCGGCAUUUGCUCGGCCAUUGAUGAAAAUUCCUGUUCAUCAACCAUAUCCAGUAUCUCACAAACACCCUCCACAGUAUCCAGCGUAUCCAGCUGCUCGUCGGCGGCCUCGUCGUUAUCCUCGGAUGCGGAUGACAGCAGUUCACAGACCAAUGUUUACCGUAGCAUAAAAUUUAAAAUGAAUCGCAAGCGAACGGCCACAGAGACUACAGACUUCAAUUCAGAUUCUGAAUUAACACAGGAUGUGAAGACAACGGCGGCGGAAAUUAAGGACAGCUGUUCAGUCGUGGAAUCCGUGGUACCCCAAACAAAAGAAGAAGAACAAGAAGAACAACAACAAGUAUUAUUAGAAACCAAAAAUCCAGAAAAUACUUCCCAACAAUUCCGUUUUACAUUGCCAAAUGCAAGUCCCAUGCCUACCGCCUCCGCCCCCCUAAAUGGCCACAAUGUGGCGGCCUCGUUGCAGUAUCAGAUACUGGCAGCAGCACCCCACCAAACCAAUCAGGGUUUGUUGACCUCACAAUUUGUGCUGCCCAAUGUUUUGCUGCAAAGUCUCAGUAACAACAUAAUUCCUGCCGUCACAGCUCCUUCCAAUGUUACAUCUCAACAGAAUACAACUCCCGCCACAUCCAAUGCUGCUGCCGCCGCUUCAGCUGAACGUAAACGCAUUUAUGAAUGCAAUCAUCCCGAUUGCGGUAAAAACUAUUUCAAAUCCAGCCAUUUGAAGGCCCAUCAACGUGUCCACACGGGCGAAAGGCCCUUCAUCUGCAAAUGGGAAAAUUGUGAUAAACGUUUUUCACGUUCCGAUGAGCUGUCACGUCACAAGAGAACCCAUACGGGUGAAAAGAAAUUCGUUUGCCAUGUUUGUGACAAGAAGUUCAUGCGCAGCGAUCAUUUGUCCAAACAUGUCAAGAGGCAUGCCUCGAAACGGCAACAGGAAUGUAAUCGUAAUGGGGGUGGCAUCAACUCCAUGGUAAAUGCUACUCCUGUUGUGAAUAACACCAGCAGCAACAGCAGCAGUGGCCUAGUUGUGGAGCCAUCAAUGCUCAAUGGAACGGCAAAUAUGAUUAAACAUUUAAGGCCCAUUGCACCAGCAACCGCUUGCAACACUACCACCAGCACCACCACCCCCAGUCAUCAUGUCUAUCAUCAGCAUCAACCAUCUACAAACACCAUGAAUACAGUACAAAUUAAUGGAGCCAAUACCAAUUCCUCAACGGCUCCCACAGCUUUGCAGUUGCAAAUCUGUAAUGCCAGCGAUUUGAUAAGCCUCCAUCAGCAUCAGGUGGCGGCCGUAAAUUUUGCCCAAAUGAUACCACAGCAGUAAAUUUCAAAACUACUAUUUUCAAUACUUUUUUUAAAUAAGAAAACCAAUCUCAUUUCAAAAUCCUAAAUCAAUUCAAUACUGGAAGAGGGUUAUCGUAACACAGAAAAAAGGAAGAAACCACUUUUUAAAGACCAUUCCGAUGAAAGCGUUUCUAGGAAACCUUUUUUUAAAACCCUGAAGACUUUAAAAUCAAAUAUUUAAAUAGAAACAGUAUUUUGUAUUAAAAAUUUCAAAAUGUUUCCUAUAGGCGUUUUCAAAAAUUUAACAAAAAAACAACAAUAUCUUUUCCAACUUUGAAAUUAAAAAAAUCUAAUUGGAAACCAGUCAAAUAGCUUGGAGCAAAGAAAAGUUAUGGGAAAAAUUAGCGUUUUGAAGCCUAAAAUAAUGAAAAAACGGAAUUUGAAAAUUUUUCUUAAAAAAAAUGGAAAAAAUGAACAAUUUUGAAAAUGAGAAAAGAAAAGCGAUUUUGACUGGAAUAAUUUCUUUCUAAAAAUAAUAGAAGAAUACCAUAAAAAUCUUAAUCACUUCAAUUCAGAUAAAUCCGUAAAUAGUUGAAAAAAAUUGUAAUUUAAAAUAUUUUACUGCUGUAAAAAUUGCAAAAAUAUUAAUUUAAAAAAUAUUAUAAUUAAUUAAUAUUUCCCUAAGUUAUUUUCACUAAACUCAAGUACCCACGCAAUAUGUAUUCCUUGCUUUCUUCCUUUUUUAUUUUUGGUUAUUAUAUAAAAACAACAAAUGGCUUAGUAUUUUCCCUUCUUUUUUCAAAUAUUUUAAAUUUUAUGUUUAACUUUCCGAACAAUUCAUUUAAAAAAAUAUUUCUUUCUAUUUUUUCCUUUCCACAAAAAUUUUCGUAUUCAGCCAUUUUGUUAUCGUUAUUUUGUUUUUAUCAAAAAAUAUUUAAAAAAAAUUGCAUAAAAACAAAAAAGUAUGUUUAAAAAAAAUAAAAACAAUUUUAGCAUAUAUAACUUUAUAAUACAUAUAUAACAAAUAUAAACUGUGAUAUUUAAGUUUUUUGUUUUAUUAUUUUUUUUUAUUUUUGUAAUUUUUAUUUCAUUCUUAAGGUGUUUAAUAAAAAAAAAACACACGCAAAGAAAAAGCCUAUAAGAAAGUAUCUUUAAAGAAACAAAUAUUUAAUUUAUUUUAUAUAUUUACUAUCUAUCUAUACUAUCUCUCCCUUAUCAAUUGUAUAAAUAAAAACUUUUUUCACCUAAAUAUUGUAAAAUACAAAAAAAAUUUUAUCCAAGAAGAAAAAAAAAAUAAUGAGAAAAAAUAUGAAAAGGAUUUAAAGAAGAACAAAAAAAUGAAAAAAGAAAAAAAUCAUCCUAUCCAACAAAACAAAAAAUAAUAAAACAAUAUACUAUAUUUUCCAAAUCAUUCUAAAACUUAA